AUGAACAAUUUAGAUAAUGACCACCUUCCUCCCUUCGAACUUACUUUGGAACAGCUAGAACAGAUCCUAGGAGCGCCAAACAAUGGACUCCUCAGUUUCCGCGAAUUACUCGAUGGCUUACAGACCAGUAUUGCAUCCGGCAUAGCCGGAGACGAGGUCGAUAUCCGCCGCCGGCGAAGGGCGUUUGGGACCAACAACGUUGUCGUCGAACAUCAACCGCCUAGUAUCUGCACUUUCCAUGAGCUUGUGUCGGAAUCACUGAGAAACUCCACGUUUGUUCUCCUCCUUUGUUGCGCCGCGCUUUCUGUUGCCAUUGGGGUUCGGAGAAACGGGGCUAAACAAGGAUUUCUCGACGGAGUUGUCUUUUUCCUCGCCAUAUUUCUCUCCCUCCAUUUUGGAGCGGUUUUUAAGGUUGUCAAGGCAAAGUGCAUGAUUAAGAAGCGGAGAAAAAUGGUCCUGGUUAAAGUGAUCCGACACGGCCAGAAGCUUCAAAUCCCGCCGUCCGAGGUAGUUGUCGGCGAGGUUGUUUUUUUGGAGGGCGGGGAUGAAGUCCCCGCCGAUGGGAUUUUCAUCACAAGAGGCGGCGCCGUCGUCAAUACCGCCGUGUUUACCGGCGAAAAUCCGGCGGAGGAAGGUUUAAUAGUGGUUACGGCGGUGGGGAAGAACACGGAGAGGGAGAAGCUAUUGAGACAAUCAAGAAAACACCAAAAUCCUCAGUCAAAAUGCUCUAAAUUCGAGUGCGAAAUCGAAAACAUUAGCGUUGUGUUGCAGAGAAUUUGGCUGUGCCUGUCGCUCCUCGUGCUCUCAGUUCAAGCAGUGAGGUGUUUUCUAAAAAAAUCAUGGUGCGAAGAGAACCCUAGCCCUGGAAAGGGCGUGAAGAACACAGUGGAGGAGAUGAUGAACGAGACCACAAGAAUCCUCGACAAAUUUGGUGUUGGGGGAAGCGUAAAUAACUCCGGCCGGCUGGUUUCUAAGCUUUGCGUAUUGCUUUUUGCAUUGGGAGACGGAUUACCUCUCGGCAUUUUCAUCACUCUCUCGUAUGCAUCCAAGAAAAUGAACAAAUAUUACGGAGCCACAGCCGGUAAACUCCCCGCCUGCGCUACAAUCGGGUCCGUCACCACAAUCUGCGCCACCAAAACCGGCGAUUUAUCCUUGGACCCCACGUCCAUGGCGGAUUUAUGGAUAGGGUUCAAGAAAAUCAAGAAUCCCACCUCAGGAGAAGUGGACAAUUGCGUUCUUGACAAAUUGCGCCAAGGGAUUUGGAGUUUCUGCGAGGACGAAGAUUCUCUUGUUUUAUGGGCAGAAAACGUUGUUGGUCGUCCCAUGAAUGAUCUAGUUGAAGAAAACUGGAAACCUCUAACUAGGAAUGGGGAAAAUCUACGUGGGAUGAUGGUGGAGAGGAAGAAAGAGGGCGUAAUAAUACGCAUCCAGCACUGGAAAGGAGACGCAAAGUUGAUUCUAUCAAUGUGUUCUCACUAUCAUGGCGUGGAUGGAGCCAUGCAACCUCUAGAUGAUCAACAAAAGACUCAUUUCUUCAACCAAAUACCCAAAACCUCUUCUUCCCAUACCCUCCGCCUCGUGGCGUUUGCUUACAAACAACUAAAACUACAGCAAACUGAUCAAGAAGAUGAUGGGGAGAAUAAUAUCAAUGAUUUGAUGGAGGAAAAAAAUGGACUGGUUUUGAUAGGUAUUGUGGCGUUAAGAAACCCAUAUGGAGUUGAGCUGAGAAAUGCAAUCGAAUCGUGUCGAAAAUCAGGCGUGAAAUUGAAGCUAGUUGUCGAAGAUAACAUCAAGACUUCAAGAAUCAUGGCUUUCCAUUCUGGAAUCAAAGGAGCCGUGGUUAAAGCGUCUGAUUUUAGAACCCUCCAGGAUAAUGUGAUUGAUGAGAGUUGUGUGUUUGCAGAUUUUUCUCCGGCCGACCAAUUGCUUCUAAUUCAGCGCCUGAGACAAAAUGGGGAGGUGGUACUAUCAACCGCCAUUUCCGUCCGACAUCUCCCGUCGUUACAAGAAUCCGACGUUGGGAUUUUCAUGGGAGAAUCUUUGAAUCUUCAAGAUUCUGCAGAUAUUACAAUCCAGGGCAGCCUAAAGUUUGGAACGAUCUUUGAAAUAUUAAUGUUUGGAAGACACAUUUGCAGAAACCUCCAAAUCUUCACACAACUGCAGUUAACUCUCAACGUCACAGCCUUCGCUGUAACUUUCAUAGCCCAAAUCUCCAAUCCCACCGCUAAAGAACCGUUGACGGCAUUCCAGAUUCUCUGGGUCAGCCUCGUCAUGGACACUCUAGGAGCCUAUUUUUUGGCCAAAUCAACCUUGGAAAAUCCCAAUUAUCCCAGAAUUCUUCAAGGGACCCACCUCGCCGCUGUCGUAAACACGAUUACCAAGAUAAACGUGGCAAUCCAAUCUUUGUUUCAAGUCACAGUUCUCCUCACCCUAAAUUGCCUCAACAAGGGCAUUCUCAUCUUCCAUUGCUAUGCGUUAUUGCAAGUUUUUGUGUUAAUAGCGAAGAUAACGGCGGCCGACACCGGCAAAAGCCGCCGCAGGUUAAUGUUUUUGGCAUUUUCGGUACUGCUAAUGUUUGUGUCUCUGCAGGUGGCGAUGAGUGAGUUCAUGGCCGCCAUUUUCCACUGGCAAAAGCUGGGUUUCAAGCAAUGGCUGAUUUGUGUUGGAAUUUCCUUCUUAUCUGUUCCCAUAGCAUAUGCAGCAAACUUCAUUUCUGCCAUGGUUUAA